UUUAUCGUCAACUCACUAGUCAGUUUCAGACUCUGACUAAUCAAAUUCGGGAGUUCACACUCAUUAUUGUCUAUUUUAACCGGAGCUAUCCUAUUCCCCGGCAGAUCAUUUGACAGACAAGUUGUCUUAUUGUUCACAUGCUUGUAAUAAUCAAAUCCCACAAAUAUAAUAAUGCCAAAUGAAUGGAGGUGUACUGUAAAUUCAAGGCUGUCAUUAAGACACUCUUAACAAGUCUACAAAACAGAGGAAUUGACUAUGUCUUCAAUGAUUAAUAAUUUGUUCAUCUGUUUGCUCUUCAUUUUUCCUCUAUUGGUUGCUGCUAGUGUUACAGGCAACAAGAUAGGAAUCUAUGAGUUAAAGAAAGGAGAUUUCUCUAUUAAGAUCACCAAUUAUGGUGCCACAAUCAUCUCCGUUCUUGUUCCUGAUAAGAAUGGUAAAGUAGGUGAUGUCGUUUUGGGAUAUGACACCAUCGAGGAAUACAUGAAUGGUACAAGUUAUUUUGGAGCCAGUCUUGGAAGGGUUGCUAACCGGAUUGGUGGUGCGCAAUUUACUCUUAAUGGAACCCAUUAUAAGCUUGUUCCCAAUGAAGGCAAAAACAUGUUGCAUGGUGGCCUUAAAGGAUUUAGCAAAGUUGUCUGGAAGGUGAAAAAGUUCGUGCAAGAUGGUCCCCGUCCUUGCAUAACUCUAACCUACUUCAGUGCUGACGGUGAAGAAGGAUUUCCUGGUGCUGUUCUUGCCUCUGUUACCUUUGCGUUGAAAGAUCCUUACAAACUUAGUGUGGUAUUUAAGGCAAAAGCUCUGAACAAGGCCACUCCAAUUAACCUAUCUCACCACCCUUACUGGAACAUUGGUGGACAUGACAGCGGCGAUAUCUUGUCCAACGUUCUUCAAAUCUUUGGAUCUCACAUCACCCUAGUUGAUAAAGAACUCAUUCCCACAGGGAAAAUUGCUCCCGUCAAGAACACACCCUAUGAUUUCCUGAAACCCCAUAAAGUGGGGAGCAGGAUCAACAAACUCCAAAAUGGAUAUGACAUCAACUAUGCGCUUGACAGCACUGCAAAAAUGAAACCUGUGGGGAUAGUUUAUGAUAAGAAGUCUGGAAGAGUGAUGGAUGUAAAGGCAUCUGCACCUGGUGUCCAAUUCUACACUUCAAAUUGGGAUAGAAGUAUGAAAGGGAAAGGUGGAUUCAUGUAUCAGCCUCAUGCGGCAUUGUCUUUGGAAACUCUAGUGUUCCCUGACGCUGUGAAUCACCCAAAUUUCCCCUCGUCAAUUGUGAAUCCAGGAGAGAGAUACGUGCACUCAGUGUUGUAUACGUUCUCCAUCAAAAAAUAGUGGGAGUGUUUAUGUUUAUUUGUUUCACCAUGGCUUGUGUCUUUUAUAUCUUCUACAUGAAUUGACAUUUCUGUCAAGGUUUUAUGUUCUUUGUGACUAAUUUAACACCCGACAUUUAAACUCAAUAAAGGAUAGUUUUGUUUUC